AUGAGAGCACUUAGAGCUGUGGCGGUCACACUGGCAGUGAUGGGAACUGGCAUUUUCUUCCCUUUCAUCUUGAGAAGCAGAGAAGCCUUGUGGGGGAAAACUUUGAAGUCCCAUGUUAUCAGUGUUGUGGAAGCGAGCCAGCUCAUGGUGGACAAUGCAGUCUACAACACCAUGAAAAGAAACCUCAAGAAAAGGGAAGUCCUUUCCCCAGUACAGCUCCUUUCUUUCUCCAAGCUGCCAGAGUCCACCAGUGGGGCUAUUUCCCGAGCAGCAGAGAUCAUGGAAACCUCAAUACAGGCUUUAAAACGUAAACAAUCAGAGUUCUUCACAGAUACCCUAUCAGCAGACCUUCUGGGCACAAUUGCCAACCUGUCAGGAUGUUUGCCUUUCAUGCUGCCACCAAGAUGUCCUGAUACCUGCCUGGCAAAUAAGUACCGACUCAUCACAGGGGCUUGUAACAACAGAGAUCACCCCAGAUGGGGAGCCUCCAACACAGCCCUGGCAAGAUGGCUGCCUCCUGUCUAUGAAGAUGGCUUCAGUCAGCCCAGAGGCUGGAACCCUGACUUCUUAUAUCAUGGCUUCCCUCUGCCCCCGGUACGGGAGGUGACAAGCCACCUCAUUCAAGUUUCAAAUGAGGCUGUGACAGAAGAUGACCAGUACUCUGAUUUCCUGACAGUGUGGGGACAGUACAUCGAUCAUGACAUUGCUCUCACACCACAGAGCACCAGCACAACAGCCUUCUGGGAAGGUGUGGACUGCCAGCUGACCUGUGAGAACCAAAAUCCCUGCUUCCCCAUUCAGCUUCCCUCAAAUUCCUCAGGGACCACUGCAUGCCUGCCUUUCUACCGCUCCUCAGCCGCUUGUGGCACUGGGGACCAGGGAGUUCUCUUUGGCAACUUGUCUGCGGCCAAUCCGAGGCAGCAGAUGAAUGGCUUGACUUCCUUCCUUGACGCAUCCACCGUGUAUGGCAGCUCCCCUGGCAUUGAGAAGCAGCUGCGCAACUGGAGCAGCCCCGCAGGGCUGUUGCGAGUCAUGCCCUUCGCAUCUGCUGCCUGUGCUCCAGACCCUGGCGCCCCACGUGCCACCCGCACGCCUUGCUUCCUGGCUGGCGAUGGCCGCGCAAGUGAGGUCCCAGCCCUAGCAGCAGUGCACACCCUGUGGCUGCGAGAGCACAACCGCCUGGCUGCUACAUUCAAGGCCAUCAACUCACACUGGAGUGCUGAAACUGUCUAUCAAGAGGCUCGCAAGGUGGUUGGAGCACUGCACCAGAUCAUCACCAUGAGGGAUUAUAUCCCCAAGAUUCUUGGUCCUGAUGCCUUCAGGCAGUAUGUGGGCCCCUACGAAGGCUAUGACCCCAAUGUGAACCCUACUGUUUCCAACAUCUUCUCUACUGCUGCCUUCCGAUUUGGCCAUGCCACAGUCCAUCCACUGGUGCGACGGCUAGAUAUUGACUUCCAGGACCACACAGACCUCCCCAGGCUGCAGCUGCAUGAUGUCUUCUUCAGGCCCUGGAGGCUUAUCCAGGAAGGCGGUUUGGAUCCAAUAGUGAGAGGCCUCCUGGCAAGACCAGCUAAGCUGCAGGUACAGGAGCAGCUGAUGAAUGAGGAACUGACCGAGAAACUCUUUGUCUUGUCUAAUUCGGGCACCUUGGAUCUGGCAUCGCUAAACUUACAGAGGGGCCGUGACCAUGGCUUACCAGGCUACAAUGAAUGGAGGGAGUUCUGUGGCUUGUCACGCCUGGAAACAUCAGCUGAAAUGAGCAGGGCCAUUACCAACAGAAGUGUGGUCAACAAGAUAAUGGACUUGUACAAGCAUGCCGACAACAUUGACGUCUGGUUGGGAGGCCUGGCUGAAGACUUCCUACCGGGGGCCCGCACAGGUCCUCUGUUUGCAUGCAUCAUUGGGAAGCAGAUGAAAGCCCUGAGGGAUGGGGACAGGUUUUGGUGGGAGAACAGCCAUGUCUUCACAGAUGCUCAGAGGCAGGAACUGGAAAAGCAUUCACUACCACGGGUCAUCUGUGACAACACUGGCCUCACCAGGGUACCUGUGGAUGCAUUCCAUACUGGAAAAUUCCCCCAGGACUUUGAGUCUUGUGAAGACAUCCCUAGCAUGGACCUUGAAGUGUGGAGGGAGACCUUUCCACAAGAUGACAAAUGUGUCUUCCCAGAGAAGGUGGACAAUGGGAACUUUGUGCACUGUGAAGAGUCUGGAAAGCUGGUACUGGUGUAUUUCUGUCUCCAUGGAUACAAGUUGCAAGGCCAGGAACAGAUCACAUGCACCCAAAAUGGAUGGGACUCUGAGCCUCCUGUCUGUAAAGAUGUUAAUGAGUGUGCAGAUUUGACACACCCACCUUGCCACCCCUCUGCAAAGUGCAAGAACACCAAGGGAAGCUUCCAGUGUGUGUGCACAGACCCCUAUGUGCUAGGUGAGGAUGAAAAGACCUGCAUAGAUUCUGGCAGGCUACCUCGGGCAUCCUGGGUCUCCAUUGCACUGGGAGCACUCCUCAUUGGUGGUUUGGCGAGUCUCACCUGGACUGUAAUUUGCAGAUGGACAUAUUCUGAUAGAAAAUCCACAUUGCUGAUCACGGAGGGAAAUGCAAGAGUGACAACCCAGCCAGGAUUAAAAAACAGUCAGGAGAGAGGGAUUUCACCACACAAGGCUACAGCUGAAGACACCGGACAGGAACCUGCCUACGGAUCCCGGGUCCUCCUGUGUGAGUAG